GCACUCUGUGCUCAUGGCUGAACCGGUAUUAGCGGCGGCGGGGGAACGAGCGGUGCCCGAUGGCGGCGUCCCGCGUCGUGGCUUGGAUACUCCUUCAAAAUUCGCCGGGCCUUCGACAUCUUCCGGAAGCGGGACUCUGGUGCACGAUCCUGCCGUGUCCGCUCAACCCCCAGAGGGAGCAGAGGUUCGCAGGAGCAGGUCAGAAGUGCCCUCGAGCCCUCGUCAGCCAGGGCCACAAGGGGAAACUUUACCCAUCCGUUUCCUCACCCUACAGUCCUACGCUGGGCUCCCUAUCGAAGCUCUUCCCGUACCUCCCAUGCUGUACCCGCCUUACGUGGGCCCAGCCACACCCCAGAAUCCAAUGCAGUCCUAUGACUCUGUACAGGCCAAUAUCCAAACUCCGUACUAUGUAACGACACUCGACAUUAUUCCUUCCACCUAACUCUAAUGCAAGAAGUUCGUACAGGAAAAUGGAAUAAGCCAACCGGCCUUAUUCGACCAGCAGAGAGAAAUGCUGAGGUAUUUGAAGCGGUUGAAUGAAUGGUUAGAACGGGAUGUAUUAGUGCGUGGGAUAGACAGGCAGGAUGUUAUCGAUCAGCUUGACAAUCUUCGUAAAGAGCUGGAUCGCAUACGAAAUUCGCCACCUCCCCGUAUAGACUCUUCAUAUAGGCAGGAUCUCUCAGCGUCAC